UUUGGGGGUGCCGGUCCAUUCAGCCUCCUGUUUGGAGGCACAGCUUGGCCAGGCAGAGCUAGCCAGGAAAGGAUUCUCGCUCUACCGUUCACAUGCACUGGGCUGUGCUCCUCAGCUCGCGGCUCCAGCCCUCCCAGGACGAGGCUCUCUGCUCCUGGGCUGGGUUGCAGCCCUCCCCAGGCUGGCUCUGUUCCCCACAGCGCCCCCUGUCCCGGGGCUCAGCCCCUAGGCCCUGGCUCAGGCGGGCGGCUGUCAGGGGCCAGAGCCCUGCCCUGACGGAUGAGUGCUGACGGCCCCUCUCCAUGCGCCCUGGGCCGCUGACACCCCCAUCACACCGCUGCAGGGACCCCGGGAGACCUCGCCGCCUCUGCGCACCCUCGCGGCAGCCUGCAGGCGACAGGGGCGGGGAUGGUGCCAGGCGCCCCGCAUUCGUCCGCACACCUGCGCCUCCACUCCUGGCUCCUUCGCGACGCUGUCCGUCCCUGCCCGGCUCUGGUGGUGCCACUGGUGUCACCGGCCACCGUUCCAUCCAGGAGUUGCCGGCGCAGCAGAGAGAGCUGAGCGGGUCCUGGGCGCGCGAGGCUGCCCGGGUCGGAGGUCGCAGCGCCUCCCGGAGCCCAGCGCCGUAGCGCACGCGCGGCCGCUCCUGCUGCCAACUUCGGUGGGUGAGAGUCGGCGUCGGGGGGACGCGGUCGGUGGCAGAGGCUUCGGGUACUCGCUGCCAAGUGGCCAUGGUACCAGGGCCUGUCCUCUAGCAGGCCGCCAUGUCCCGAGAGGCAGGCUCAUGCCGCCUGGGCCCCGGGGUGCGGGCACGGGCCCGGAAGCCCAAGAAGCCGCAUUACAUCCCACGGCCUUGGGGCAAGCCCUACAACUAUAAGUGCUUCCAGUGCCCGUUCACCUGCCUGGAGAAGUCACACCUCUACAACCACAUGAAGUACAGCCUCUGCAAGGACUCCCUCUCCCUGCUGCUCGACUCCCCGGAGUGGGCAUGCCGCCGCACCCCCGCUGCACCCCGGCCCCGGGAGCUCUCCGCGGACGGCCCCCCUGACUCUGCCGACCCAGGCAGCCUUCCCCAAAGAGCUCUGGCUGCUUCGGCCACACCUGACCUUCUUGUCACUGACGUCCUCUCCCUGCACCGCAGUGUCAGGGGCUCCAAGCCAGGGGCUGAGGGGUCCCCAGGGACACCACCCCCUGCGGCCAGGGAUGCCCAGAAGGGUGCGGGCCUCGGUGGGCUCCUGGCAGAGUCGUGGAAGCCCGGGCUGGGCAGGGGCUCCAGGAGCGUGGUUGUGGUGGACUCGGCUACUGCAGGCCCUGAGAGCGGCGUCCCCUGCUACCCUCCGCCCACCUCCAGCGAGUUCCCCGAGGCCCAGAGCCUCCAGCUGUCUCUGCUGGGUGUCAACUACCCUCUGGGCCCCAGCCUCUUUUCCUACCUGGGGCCCUCUCUGGCCGCUGCAGCCCACCUGCCCUUCCUGGCCUCGGCCAGCCCCUUGCUGCCCCCGGCCGCUGCUUUCCCUGCCCCACAGACCCCUGAGCGCCCUGCCCCUGGCCCCCGCCUGUACUACCCUCUGCUCCUGGAACAUAGCCUGGGGCUGCCGGCAGACAAGGCUGCCCCUGCCAAGCCCCCCGCCCCUCCCAAGGGCCCCCCCGGGACUCUUGCCCCCGGGCUACUAAAGAUGCCAGUACCCGGGCUGGGUGGGCCCUGGUCCUGUGGCGCCCCCAGGGACCCAGGGCAAGAGGCGGGGCUGGAGCUGGCUGCCCAGAGUGACCCCAAGAGGAAGCUGCCCCUGGCAAGCAGGCUGGAGCCCCCGAAGGCCCCCUCCAGCAUGGCUAAGCUUGGUUCCCAGAGCAGCCUGCGGACUGGCCCCUCCAUGAUGCUCUGGCCUGAGGACAAGGAGCCAGGUGACCCCGAGACCUUGGGCCCUGUGUCCCCCCUGCCCCAGCAGCCACCGGGCCUGGUGCUGGGGGGCCCUGGGCAUGUGGGUGAGGAUCUGACGCGUGCCCUCGGCGACUAUGCUAGGGUGGAGCAGCGCCUGGGGCAGCUGGCACCUGCCAGGGGCCUGGCUCCACGGCCUCUGCGGGAGCAGCUGGGCAAGAUUCGCCGGGAGCUACUCACCAUCCAUCAGGCGCUGGAGCGGGCUGUGCGGCCCCCGGACGUACCCCUUGAUCUCUCUGUGAAACGGGCACCCUCCAAGGUGCCCUCGGUGCCCUUGGGGGUCUGGGGACAGCCAGAGCUCAGCCCCACACUGGUCCAGGGGACCCCCGAGCCACCCAGAAUGUUGGGCCCCACACUGGCUGAACCCUUCUCUGGCCAUACCACCAAGUGUGAGGCUGACUCCAGUGUCCCACCCCCAGUUCUCCCCCUCCCAGCCCCAGAUGACCCUGUCAUUCCUGGUAGUAGCUGGGGCCCCCGGAGCAGGGCUGGGGGCUCCUGGCCCGCUGAGGCUGCCUCUGGCCUGCAGAGCCCCUCAGGUGCUGAGGUCUGACCGCAGCUCCUGCUGUCGCCUCUGUCCUUAAAAGACAGGGGCCCGUCCCCAAUCCCACGCCCACCGCCUGGCCCCCCACCUGCCUUGGCCUCGGGGGUGAGGCCUGGAGCCUACCCAGCAUGCCCGUGGAUGGACCCCACCUGCCAUGGCCGUGGCCUGUCUCUGGGGCCACAAAGGGACAGCAGAGGGUCACAGCUUCUUAUUGAUCACAGGUGUGAACAUUAAA